AUGAACGUAUCAGAGUUCUUCGUGGAAUCGCUCCCCGAUGUCCCACAAAGCUUCAUGACCGAGCUUUACAGCGGGAUCAUCCCACUCAACAUGUCCGACGAUAGUCGAGGCAUGUUCUUUAUUUUCCAACCUCGAGUUGGUCCACCAGUCAAGGAGAUCACAAUCUGGUUCAACGGAGGCCCGGGAUGCAGCUCAUUGGAAGGCUUCUUGCAAGAGAAUGGGCGCAUUCAGUGGAGCUGGGGUCAGUACUCCCCUACGAUUAACCCGUACUCCUGGGUGAACCUGACCAACAUGCUUUGGGUCGAGUAUCCCAUUGGUGUGGGCUUCUCUCCUGGAGAACCCACCGCUACAGACGAAGAAGAACCAGCGCUAGAAUUUGUCGAGUUCUUCAAGAAUUUCCAGACGAUCUUUGGUAUCAGCAACUACUCAAUCUAUGUGACCGGAGAGUCCUACGCCGGAAGAUACGUGCCAUAUGUCGCCAACGCGAUGCUUGACCAGAACGACACAACACACUUCAAUGUCUCAGGCGCCCUCGUUUAUGAUCCUUGUAUCGGCUCCUGGCCAACAGGAAACGCGGUGUCCGUGUACCCCUGGAUCGAAAAGUACAACAACAUCAUGGGCUUCAACGACUCGUAUGUGUCUAUGCUCGCCGACAUGGAUAAGAAAUGCGGCUAUGCGCAAUAUCGCCAAGACUACAUGCACUUCCCACCCAACGGCACACAACCCAUUACCUAUCUAAACACGACGGCUGACCCGGACUGCGACCUGUGGGACAGUGUGUACUAUACAGCGUACUCUGUAAACCCGUGCUUCAACGUGUACGAGCCAAAUCUUCAAUGCCCGCUAUUAUCGGACCCGCUCGGCUUCCCGACGGAUCUGAUCUAUUCGUACCCGGGCUUGCCGCCUUACUUCAACCGCACCGACGUCAAGAAGGCCAUGCACGCUCCCGUUGAUGUAGACUGGGAACUUUGUACAGGCCCCGUGUUUGUCGCUGAAGACGGCGGUCCCGAGGACGAAAACGAUCUGAGUGCCGAUCCGAUCCAGAAGGUCCUUCCUCGAGUCAUUGAAGCGACUAACCGUGUGCUCGUGUCAAACGGUGAUCUCGACCUCGAAGUCUUGACCAACGGCACCCUCCUCGCGAUCCAGAACAUGACGUGGAACGGCAACCUCGGCUUCCAGGCCGAACCGUCCAAGCCCAUCUCGAUCCACAUCCCGGACAUCCAGUACCAGGAGGUCUUUGUCUCGAGCGGCUUCGAAGGUGUCGAUGGCCCUUCUCAGGGCAUCAUGGGAAUUCAGCACUACGAGCGAGGACUGAUGUGGGCACAGACGUAUCUCAGUGGGCACAUGCAGCCUCAGUUCCAACCGCGCAGUACGUACCGUCACCUGCAGUGGGUGUUGGGAAGAAUCGACGCGUUGUGA